AUGGGCGAAUCGGAAAACCCCCUCCUCAAUGAAUUCUGGGCCGCGCAGUCCUCUCCUCAGCCGGCCGGGAACGGCGACCAAUGCCUGAAACAGACCCUUAAUGCUUGUAAAAGCUUCAAACGGAAAAGAAUUGCCGACAAUGGAAUUCAGACAUCUAGUGAUGCUAAACGUGUUGCCAGAUCUGCAAAGAUGCCCCACUUGAGCCACAAGAAAAGAGCAUUGUCCUCCAAUACUCUCAUGAGCUCUGAGCAGGAAAUUGAAUGCGGCGGGGCUUCCAUGAAGCUUGUAUCUGGAUUUCUUAAGCAGAAGCAAUUCAAGGAGGACAUUCAAUGCAGGUUGAUUGGUUGCGAUACUCGUACCAAAGGAAGAAAGAGAUCCCAGUCAUCUCUUGGAUUGCCGACGUUUAGUCUUUUAAAAAGAUCAAAGAGAUCAUCACCAGCAAAAAGAAGACCAUCAUCAAUUGAUGAUCUCCCUGACGUGGCAUUGGUUGAAAUCCUUUGCCAACUUCCAUCAAGUAAAUUUGUCUUUCAAUGCCAGUCUGUGUCCAAGCGUUGGCGCACUGUCAUCUCAGAUCCUUAUUUUAUCAGCCGCUUUGUACAUAUCCAGAGUUAUAGGAAAACUCCAAAGAUACUCACUCUGAUAAGUAAAAAAGGAGAGGAAUUCCCUCCUAAAAUGCCAUGGCCAUCCAAGCUACUAACUCCAGUGUUCGAAAGAAUAAUGAGUUUCCACCCUUUGAUAAGUCAGCUAGUUGUGGUAGCGACGUAUAAUGACUUAGUUUUGUGUUGCGCAAGUGAGUAUUAUCAACGCGAUUACUACAUCUGCAAUGCAUACACAAGGCAAUGGGUUGCUCUUCCUCCUACCCCAAGUCGAUGUCACGAGACUGUGCAAGUAGGAUUCAUCUGCGAUAUUCCCGACUAUAAUUAUAAGAAAGACGGACAUAACAUCCAGCUUAAAGCUGAGUGUAGGUGCACUGUUGUGCGAAUUCUUCCUCCUGAUGAAUUGGCAUAUGAUGAGAAAUGUGAUUCCUUAAAAUUAAGCUUGGAGAUCUUCUCUUCUGAGACUGGUGAAUGGAAAGAAUCAGUUGUGACUUACCCCACUACACUUUGA